GCUGUGUGUGUCUCUGUGUGCUUCAGUGCUUCUCCUCGAGUCCUCUCCACAGCACUGGUAGGAAAUUAUGAAGGCCGUCUACCUAGCCCUGUGCAUCUUUCUACUGGCUGACCUAAGCCGAGCACAGAACCAGGCCACGCCUCUGCUGGGGGCCAUCCGCGUCUGGAUGCGGCGGCCCAAUCUCAAUUUCAUUCAACGCCCUGGGGGUCUCAUCAGCGUGCUUCGGCCCAGCAUCAUCCGCCUGCGUCCUGGACUGCAGAACCUGCGGCCCACAUUCCUAUCUCAGGCUGCCCUGACCAACCUGAGGCCCACGCUGAGUAGCCUGGUGCCAAACCUGCCGUUCAGGCCCGCGAUCAGCGGCAGCUUCGCCAACCUAGGAUCGUUCAUCCGGAGGCCUGCGCUACUUCAAGGAUGAGUGGUGGACAGGAGGGUCGAGAGGUAUGGAUAACCUUGGAGGCUCUGCUGGUAUGGAGCCACCUCUCAGGUUUACCUCAUCGUUGAAGCAACGGCCGAGGAAUUACCAUCAAUAGUGGACUCUGUGAAGUUCUCUUGACAUUGCAUCACCUCGGUUGUUUUCCAUUACGUGUAUGAACUAAGUCAAUCAUAUGUCAGGCAAGUGGGACGCAAUGUCUUUGCCACGUUGUCACAUCAUCCCCAAUAAUCAUCCCAGGUCAAAGUUUCGUUUUGAAGGCAGUCCACGCUAACAAAAAAGAAGAGGAAGGCAAACUCCAUAAGAGGCGUAAAAGAAUGUACUAUAGGAGAAGUAAAAAGCUAUGUCUUUCCUUGACGGAUUAUCAGCUAGCUGAGCGCCACCUAUCCUGGUGAACAUCGACAAUAGAGUAAAGACGGGUUAGACCAUGAUAAAAGUGGAAGUACAAAGUCGGAAAAGUAAACAUAUAAUACACAUAUAAAAGUAAAAAGCGCUGAAGUUGAAAAUAGCGGAUCAUUGCCCCGCAAGUUGCACAAGAACAGUGGACCAUGUAACACAUGAUGACAAGGUUGGAAGACGCGACCUUCGUAUGACUUUUGACCUGAGACCUGAUACGUCACUAACGUAACACUGACAUUUUGUCCAGUUUCGAGGGUUUUUGUUGGAAGAUGGGAAGGGGACAACUAAAGAUAAACUUGGAGUCGGGUCCUGGUGCCGCCAAUGUCGUCAAUUUUUACAAAUGAUGUAAGUGCACUCAGCAGGUAAUCAUACGAACGAGAUGUGCAUUGUCUGGCUCCAGUUAGAGACCGUUUUAUUAAUGCGUAACUUGCGGCUAAUUGUUCGACUGAAUUGGUCUGGGAGAAAAUUUAUUUAGGAGCCUGAAACGACAGGGUUCUUCCCAGUGCGCAGACUAUACUUCAGAUGUCCGUAUUCUUCAAUAAGCAGUACAUAGCUAAACAGUAACGUAGUUUGUAAUUUUGUUUCCUACCGAUGCAAUCAUGCGUAGGAUCUGCGAGCGAGCUCACAUGAAAAGACCAAUAAAAUGUUGUUAUACUGCA